AUCGCCGAGCGUGCGAAUCGGACACUCACGGAGACGGCUCGGGGACUUCUCAUUGAAGCCGGUCUUCCCAAUUAUUUUUGGCCGGAUGCGGUGCGGCAUGCUUGUGUGGCCAAGAACAGAGCCUUGACUCAUGUGGGAGAAGACAAAUGGGUGCCCUAUGUGGAGUGGAUUGGAAGGAAGCCGAAGGUGGAUAUGCUUCGGAUGUUCGGGGUGGCUUCUUUGGGACCCAUUUACCAGGAAGUUCUUGGUGAGCAGAGAUUGCAAGUUCAUGGAGAACUUGGCGUACAAGGAGUGGAAGGCGGAGAAUCAAGCGAAGAUUGGUGUGCGGCUUGGAGAGGUGAAGAGUACCGGCUUGGAGCAUGUGGAGCUGCCCUUGGAGCUGAGUAGCAGCAGCACAAUCACGAGGCAAUCUCCUCAAAUGAAUGGGGGUGAGGAGGAGGAGGAGGUGCAGCAAGAUGAUGAGCGUGCACCAUCACUUCCGCCUCGUGCUACAAGUGCUCGUGGGAACCGACCAGAUUUACCGCAACGCCAUGAGAGCAUUCAAGUCCCUGCAGCAGAGCAGGAAGGAAGGGGGAGAAGGAGGACUCAGCCCCCUAAUAGGUUGAGCUAUGACCGGCUUGGAGGACCAGCCAACUCAACCUUGACCGGUUCGGCUCUCAUGCUAGGCGAUGAUGCGGAAGAUGAAAGCGAGGAGUGCGCCUUUGCCUUCUUCUCUCCGGUGGAGAUGCCGGGGGAGCCUACAAAUCCCAAUGAGGCUUGGGAGGGCCCCAAUGGGAAGGAGUGGAAGAAGGCCUCAGAUGAAGAAAUGGGGAGCAUCAUAGAGAAUGACACAUUUGACUUGGUGAACCUACCUCCGGGGCGGAAGGCGAUCUCUUCGAAGUGGCUCUUCAAGCGCAAGACCGACGCCGACGGCAACAUCGAGCGCUACAAGAGCAGACUUGUAGCCAAGUGGUAUCAGCAGCAAGAGAAGAAGGAGUACAAUGAAGUGUAUGCCCCUGUGGUGAAGGGUACAACCAGUCGAACCCUCUUCGCCGCGGCGGCCAUCAAAGGAUGGGUGGUGAAGCAAAUGGAUAUAGUAACGGCCUUCCUCAACGGCGUUUUGGAGGAAGAGACUUACAUGGAGCAGCCAGAGGGGUACAAUGAUGGGAGUGGCAGAGUGUGGAAGCUGAAGAAAGCACUCUAUGGCCUCAAGCAAGCCCCUAGGCAAUGGUACAUCAAGCUGCGGGAAGUCUUGGAGGCGAUCGGCUUCACUCCCUCAACGGCCGAUCAAUCCUUGUUCAUGCUUGGCGAGGGGGAGCAGAGGAGCUUCAUGGUGGUUUAUGUGGAUGACAUCCUCAUAUUCUCACCCUCCUCUGACCUUGUGAAGGAGGUGAUGCUGAAGUUUCAAGACAAGUUCAAGUGCAAGACCCUAGGUGACGUCAACUACUUCCUUGGGCUUCACAUUGAGCGAGAUGUGGAGAAGCGGUGGAUGCGAGUGCAUCAAAAGAAGUACUUGGAGGCAUUGGCUGCAAACUUUGGGAAGAGUGAAGGUCAUGUGGCUACUCCUCUUCCCUCAGGGUUCAAGUGUGUGAAAGGACCAGCGGAGGAAAGUGUUGGUGAAGAGGAGAGGCGCCGUUUUCAUUCCUUGGUGGGCAGCCUCAUGUAUGCCGCCGUUCACACAAGGCCGGAUGCAGCCUUUGCUACCGGGCAGCUGGCUAGGGUUGUCCAAUGCCCUACUGAAGAGCAGGUAGCAGCUGGAGAGAGGGUGGCCAAGUACCUUGGCCAAACAGCAACUGUUGGACUGCAAUACUCCGCGGCGGCACAAAGGCGUCAAAAGGGUGCGGAUGGAGUCGAACCCGGGAGGCUCUUUCUCACCGCCUUCUCUGAUGCAUCUUGGGCAUCAAAACCAGAGGAUAUGACAAGUGUGAGAGGCUUCAUCUGCUCUGUUGGUGGAGGCCCAACAGCUUGGGAGAGCAAGAAACAAGUGGACCAAGCAUUGAGCUCGGUGGAGUCCGAGUACAUGGCACUCUUCCGUGCCAUAAGAGAGGUUGUGUGGCCGCGGCGUUUGCUAGCUGAAUUGGGGGAGGAGCAGCAAGGACCUACCCCACUCUACUGUGAUAGCCAGGGUGCUAUUGCAUUGGCAAAUAACCCCGUUCUUCAUGGCCUUACCAAGCACAUGAAGGUGAAAUGGCAUUGGGUGAGGAGCAUGGUAACCGCGGGUGAAGUGGAGUUGCACUACGUGAAGACGACGGCGCAGCCUGCUGAUAUGAUGACUAAGUGGCUGGUUGAGCAGCAGCAUUGGAAGUGUUGCAAGCUUGCUGGGAUGGCUCUGAACUAAGAGGAGCAGAUUCUAAGGCCAACAAUCCGAGGGGGAGUUUGUUGGUGCAACCCUAUGGCUUGCACUCGGCUUGUCGUCCUUGUUUGUGUGUGUGCAUGCAUGGAAUGAAUUGUGAGUCUAUGUCAUUGCUAUCCAGUGCUUGUGUGUGUGUUUGAAUGGUGUAUCACAAUGUGGUUUGUGUCGGUCAAGACAUUAGCGAGUUUGUGUCGGUCAACUCGCAUGUCAAGUCGUCGUUUGUGUGUCACAUGUGUUAUUUCUAUUUUGUCGAGUGUGAAGUGUCCAUCGCGUCGCAGGUGUGUGCAGCAAGCCCCCAUCAACUCAAGAAGAAUUUAUCUUGCAGAUCCAAGACCAAGAGCUCAAGAUUUCAAGCCCAAGGUACGCGGAUAAAUAUUAAAUAGUGAAAAUAGUA